AUGCAGACAUAUAUGAGAAGGGAUGUGAGAGUGAUUUUUGAUUUUAGGCGGAAGAAUUGUCUGUUGGCUAUGCCGUGUUGCAGCGUCAUUUCAGGGAUGAGUUCGGGAGCCGUGUGUAAGCAGAAACGUUACACGACAACAUUUGAUAAGAGACCCGCGGCGGCCUCGAAGCCGUUGCGUCCAGAUCUCGUCGAGACGGAGCGUUUCUUCUUACAACGUCUUGCGGGAUCGAAAUGUGAGGCAUCACCUUUUUCGUCGACUCCCACAUCAUCACAGACCGCCAUAAAGACGGACUUGUCGACGUUCCCCCCUCGCAACAUUCCGUCGAGCAGAAGAGAUGAUGUACGAUUUCAUCGACGCCUCAGCAGCCGCUUCACGAGUCAGUGUGACCAGGAUAAGUCAUACGGCAACGCAGAGAUGGCGUUCCACACGAUUCACAACGACGUUCAGAUGCGUUUGUGUUGGGCACGGGAGGCGCUACGAAUUAUACAAGAGGCUUUACUGCAGCCGUCACACGUGUCAAGGGCCGUUCCUCGACGUCUUGUGGUGCUUGUGUUGUAUUCGCACACGCGGCACAAUGCUGCUGUGGGGCUUCAUAUGGGAUGUAUCUGUGAUCAUGUCAAGGCCAUGCUCGCCGAGCGUCACGAGGAGGUUCUUGGUGUCUUGACAGCUGCUGUAGGCGUCAAGUGGCGGAGUCUUGCGACUGCUGGGACGAGUGCUAUGAGCCACAUUAAUAACGAUAAUAAUAAUAGUAGUGACUUGGCAUUUCAUGAUGACGUUUUGUGGUAUCCCAACGGAGGUCUGUACACCUUCAAUGCCCUGUUGCAAUGCCUAUGUGGAGUUGGAAUUGAAGCAGAUGCAGAGGACAAGAAACGGGAGUCUCUUCAGUUACAUCGAAAGAUUUUAAUUAUAUCCGAGGGAUGGUUUCACGUGCGCACGGCUGCGGAACUGCAUCAGCCGCCGCAAACGUUAUCGGGGAAAUUUGCCGACACGGUGAAUGUGGAGCCACUCCCAUUUGUGUUGGGCAGCGCACACAGUGAGGAGGAACUGCGGCAGUUCGCACGCUACGCAGCCUGUCGAGCUGUAGCUCUAUGA